AUGGUGAAGUCUGCGUCGUAUCGGCGGCCGAGUCGCGCAUCUCCGACCGGUCAGGCGCGAAAGCCUCACAUUGGCGUCAGGCGCUUGGCGGCGGAGUACGUCUGGCCUGGGGUGGUGCUCGUGAAGCAGCGGAAAGUGAUCGCCUUCAACGUGGAGACCAAGCGGCGGAAUCGCCACUUCAAACUGUAUCCCGGGGAGAACGUGAAGGUGUCGAAGGUGACAAACCUCGUCGCGCUUUGUCACGGCCGGGUGAAGUUCACCCACGACGUCUCGCGAGAUGUGCUGGUCGUGAAUGUGCUGCCUGAACGCCGAGAGGAACUCCUGCGCGAAGACCUCUGGAGAUACCGCACCGAACACGUGCGAUCGAUGGAGGAAAACCGACACAUUUGCUUCCUCAGACGAAAGGCCGUUCGCAUGUUCGGCAAGGCGCUCGUCAACCCUCCCACGAAGCCGCCGCUGAGACCGUACUACUUCACCAAAUACGAUACCUGGGAAAACCCGGCGCUCCCAGACGUACCCCAACUCGACGACGACAUGUAG